GCGGCCGAGCGCCAUCAAUCGCUGGUGAAAAGUGAGUUUGUGCCACUAUUUGGCUUUCAUAUAUUUAAAAAAAAAACAACAACAUCUACAGAAAAUGAGACUAGUUUAAUUCGAACACAAACUAAACUGUGCAAAUAAAAGAAAGAACGCGUUUAAGUUUAUUUGUGACCAAGGCAAAGUACCAAAACAACAACAACCGAAUAAAGCCGCAAACGCUCAAGCAGCAGGACAACGCGACGGUCGCAACAACAACAACAACAGCACACACAAACGCAUUUCAAAAUGGCGCCAACGAAAGGCAAUUCUCGCACUGCUGUGACGGCGCAGGCCACGAUGAACGCACUGCUGCCAGCGGCGGCUGCGGCCUCGCGUCGCAAUCUGGCGCGUCGGGCUAAUAACAAUAAAGACGCCAAUGCCGAGAAUAUGCAAGCUCGGGCGAAACGCAAGGCGGACAACAGCCCCAUCAAGAAUGAGAAGAUCAAGCGCUCGGCGCUGGGGAACCUCACAAACAAUGUUAAGAUCAUGACGCUGCAUUCUGGCGAGGAGGAUGCCAAGCAGCAGCUGCCCAAGAAGCCGACGGCACAGCAGUUGCAGGCCCUGCUGGAUGCAAAGAAUUUGGACAAUCUAAACACAAUUGCACCCACCGUGGUUGCACCCAACAAAAUAAUGACGCGCGCCUCGUUCAAGACUGAGGAUUCUAUGGAGAACUGUCACAAGAUACUGGACAAGUUGGAGGAGGGGCUUGCGCGUCAAAAACGCAAGGUGCCACAAAAGAAGAAGCCCGUAGUGGGCGAUAUGUUGGCCGAACCGGCUCCUUUGGUUGUGCCUUCGCUAUCGCUGCCGCUUCCUGCGAUUCCGGCGAUCCCAGCGCUGCCCAAAAUGCCAGCGCCACUGCAGCCAGCAGCCAACAAGCCGGCGCGUCGCAUUUCCAAUGACUUCAACAAGACUGAGGAGAGUCUCUACAUGUCCGCUCUGGAGGACAUCUCCAAUGAAUCGGUACGCCUCUCGGGCAACUUUGAGGCAGCGCGUCGUCGCUCUGCCGCAGCGGUGCAGGCGCAGUUCCUGGUGACACCAAAUGCUGUGGUGCGUUCCGUGCCCGCCGGAGUUGAGGACUUUGAUCGUCAGAACUGGGACGAUCCCUUCCAGGUGUCGCACUAUGCCAUGGACAUUUUCAACUAUCUGAAAACGCGUGAGCCAGAGUUCCCCAUUGUGGACUACAUGCCCAAGCAGGUGCAUCUGACCACCUGGAUGCGCACGCUGCUCGUCGACUGGAUGGUGGAGGUGCAGGAGACGUUCGAGCUCAACCAUGAGACGCUCUAUCUGGCGGUCAAAAUAGUCGAUCUCUAUCUGUGUCGCAAGGUUAUCAACAAGGAGCGACUGCAGCUGCUGGGAGCGGCCGCCUUCUUCAUCGCCUGCAAGUACGACGAGCGCCAGCCGCCGCUCAUCGAUGACUUUUUGUACAUCUGCGACGGCGCCUACAAUCACAACGAGCUGGUCAAGAUGGAGAUGGAGACGUUGCGCGUGAUAAACUUUGAUCUGGGCAUACCUCUCUCGUAUCGCUUCCUGCGGCGCUACGCUCGCUGCGCCAAGGUACAGAUGCCCACAUUGACUCUGGCGCGCUACAUCCUCGAACUGUCGCUGAUGGACUAUGCGACCGUUGGCUUCAGUGACUCGCAAAUGGCAGCGGCCACUCUAUACAUGGCAUUGCGCAUGCAUGGCGGCGUCAACGAGCUGGACAACAAGACAUGGACGCCCACGCUCGUCUACUACACGGGCUACGAGCUGGCCGAUUUUGCCGAACUGGUGCCGGUGCUGAACGCGGGUCUGCAUCGGAAGUCGCGGACCACCAUCAAGACGAUACGCAACAAGUAUUCGCACAAGAUAUUCCAUGAGGUGGCCAAAGUGCCGCUGCUGAGCAACAAGGAGCUGUUCCAGAGCAAUCUCGACCUGAAUGCAAGCAACGCCGCCACAUGAGAGCUGACCACCCCCGCACCAGCACCAGCAACAGGAGCAACCCAACCCCGGUCGGGAGACCUCUCGUCGCUUAGCCAAAUUAAAUUGAUCACAAGCAAGAAAAAUUGUUACGCUUCACUACGCGCUUAAGAGUAGGCAUAAGUCGCUUUUAACUCAAAUCGAACUAACAACAAUCCAACCGACCCAUCAUCAUCAUCAACAUCAAGAAUCUGUUUCCCCAUCCCGAUGAUUAAGGAUUAAUGACCGAUCGAUCGGUUUACUAUAACGAAACUAAACUAAUCAAGCUCGUGCGCAUUUAUAUAUAUUUUUUGUAAUGUUCAUCAUGGUUUAUUUUGUUUCGUCUAUUUGCCGAUUUAUGACAUUCAUAUUAUAUUUAAUUUUUAAUAUUCUUGCAUAAAAAUUCAAUGUUAAGUUCAUUUUGUUUUUAAACAUGUUUUCUGUUCCACCUUCCCCAUCCCUGCCUUCCCUCCCCUAACACCUGCGCCUUCACACAAGCCACAUUCGAAUAACUAUACAAGUAGUAAUGCACAUCCAAAAGAACUAUACGAACAUAUUUAUAAGGAAUCGCAUUUAAUAAACUUUUUACAUAUAUA